AUGGCGGAACCGGGGCAACAGCAGGACCCGGUGACCCGAGCCGUCGAAGCAUCGCAACGCGGUGACGUCGAGGCGUUGGAAGAAUGUUUGCGGCAGGGCGUUCCGGCAUCGGCGAAAGACGUUGACGGCUGCUCGCUGCUUCACUGGGCCGCCAUAAACAACUCGGUGCAAUGCGUCGAAAAGCUUCUGGCCAGCGGCGAAGAUCCGAACGUGUUAGGCGGGAUUCUCGUCUCGACACCGCUGCACUGGGCCGUUCGUGUUGGGCAACUCGGCGCGUCGAUCCGGCUGGUGAAUGCGGGCGCGAUUUGCAACAUCCGCGACUCGCAAGGGUUGACGCCGCUCCAUUUGGCCGUGCAGAACACGCACAUCGGCCUCACCGCCUACCUCCUAGCCAAGUACCCCGACUCCCGGGAUUUCACCGACAACGCGGGGAUGACGUCGUUGAUGUGGGCGGCGUAUCGGUGUUAUCAGAUGUUCCCGCUCAAAAUCUUGAUCGACAGCGGCGCUGAUCUCAACGCGCAAGAAACGCUGCAAGGAAAUACCGCGCUCCAUUUCGCUGCUCAGGAGAGGAACAUUACGGCGAUUCGUGAACUACUCGCCGCUGGCGCCGACCCCACAAUCCCCAACAAGCAGCACGAGACCCCGCUCGACAUCGUCAGCAACAAUCGGCACCAGAAGAUCCAGCGAAUGCUGAAGAAGGCCCUGCGGCGAAAGGGGGCCCUCCGCGGCACUUUCCUCGACUCUAUCAAGGACAAUCCGAAGAAUGUGCGCCGGAUACAUUUUGGCGCGCCGUUUGUCUGCUUCGCCCUGGCCACUAUCUUCUUCCAACUUCUUCACUUUGGCGUUGCCAUCGCCUGCACGCUGCUUCUAUUCGGGUUGGCGAUGUACGCCAUUCGGGACGUUUCAUGGCAAAAUUCCUAUUUGGCCGUUGGUAUCACGGUGACGGAACCGCUGGUGAUGCUACAUGUUUGGAGCUUCUACAUCUACCCAUUCGUCCCGUGGUACUUGCAAAUACUCUUCCUCGUCUCGAUUACGGCAGUUUUUGGCACGCUGGGAUUGAUAUCGCUAGGAGAUCCCGGCGUCAUCAAGCCGAACCUCGACAAAAAGGCGAAAAUGAACCUCCUCGUCGAAGAAAUUGAGAAGAAUACGAUCAACUACUUUUGCUAUUCCUGCUAUGUGAAUCGGCCCAAUUGGUCCAAGCACUGCGCGAUUUGCGAUAGAUGUGUGAAAGAUUUCGAUCAUCAUUGCCCUUGGCUGGCACAGUGCAUCACGAUGAAGAACAUGAAGCUUUUCAUCCUGUUCGUCUUCUCCGUCUGCGUCUCGUCUCUCAUCUACACGAUCGGGUGCUUCCGGUUUUUGACGACCGAGCUGCGGGAUAUUAGUUUUGAGCUGAUGCUGCAGCGACAUUGCUGGGUGCUUCUGACCGCGAUGCUUGCCGGAUGCCAUGUAUUUUUCAUGACCACCCUCUUCACGGUCCAGUGCAUUAAUUACCUCGAAGGCGAAACCACCAACUCGCGGAUAAAGCGGAAGCGCGGACAACGCGGCGAACACGGCCACAACCACUCCCACGGCGGCGGCCACAGCCACAAACACGGCCAGAUCUGCAAGCGCUUCUGCAGUCGUGCUGCGACGCAAACGGACGAGCCAACGGUGCCGGCGGUCAUCAUCACGGCGCCCGCUACCAUCGAGGCGACGAGUCUGCAAAUU